AUGGAACCAUGCUACUUCAAACUUGAUAUAGUAUCGGCAGCAUUGUUGUAUUUAGACAACACUGGGUCACUUAAAGACAUCAAAGAGAAAUGUAACGCUUAUCAACCAGACUUGAGGCAAAAGAAUAAUGGGACCUACUCCUUCAGCAUACCAUUGGAGCCAAUGGACAUCAUGGACUUGGAUGUUCAACUUGGCGAUGUUGUCCUUCAUAACCCUAAGAUAGCUCAUUAUAUUUUCCAAGAGGUGGUGUCAACGAUUAUCACCUCUCUCAAUCUGAUGCCUGGUAUUGAAUCUAACCAGAUUGUCGUCAUCCUAAGGCUCUUGUCCGUGCCAGGUAUGCCAUGCUACAGAUUGAACUCCUUCAAGCAUUUUCCACACCCCACUGAGGGCAAACGGUAUUUCCAGUUCAGUGGCAUCGUGACCGGCGCUACCGUUGUCCAUAAAUAUACGAAAAGUGCAAGAUAUCGAUGUCCAGAAACCAGUUGUCUUGGCAACAGUGGAAGCAUGUAUAUCAGACUUCAUGCCCCGGGGGCUAAGGAGGCUCAGACCAUCAGGAGAACGUUUCAUUGUCAGUAUUGCAAUGGGACGUUGGAGGAGGAUGUGAAAUGUCGAGAACUCGGGGAUAAGAUUGUUGUGGAUAUGGUUGACAGUGGUACCUUCCAUCAUUCUAUCCAGUCCGUGCUAACCACGGGAGUGAGAUCUCAAGCAGUAAAAGUUUUUGUCAGAGAUGAGUUGGUUAAUGAUGUUGAAAUAGGACAACACUAUCGCAUCAUUGGGUUACCAACUUAUGAGACAUUGAAUGGUACGAUAACUGUCUCGCUGGAGAUGAAUAACAUCGUAUCAACUCGCAUCAGCCAAAGACAGACGGGGCUACCGGAAAGGAUGAGACUGCUCCAUGAAGAUAGAAGAACUUCUCCCUGGAGUUUCGGUCUCAGUCUUGCCUACAUGUUUGGAGGAGAAAUUUCACCACCUGGGACGUAUCUUCACCUGAAACUAGGACUCCUGCUCAGUCUCAUUGGUAGAUGCGACAACCCAAGCUACAGGAUGGACACUCUAGUCAUCGGGAAAGACACUGGUGUCUUGCAUCAGUUGCUGAUGUAUGCUGCGUCUUUCUCUGAAAGGACGAUAGUCCAUUCCUCUGGUCAUCAUCUGAUGGGGAAGGCAUUGAAAGAUAAGCAUUCGUCUGGAUCAUAUUUUGUGGAGGGUGGGUCUCUGCUGUUAGCUAAUGGUGGAGUAUGCUACCUUGGUGAUGUUGGACGAUUUAAGAAAAAGACUAUGGAGGAAUUACAGCAAGCACUGGAAGGUGGAAAUGCCCAAGUGACCAUUCCGCCAAAGUUCAAUGGUGGGCUCCCGGAGGUAUUGACGUACCCACUCAGGUGUAAGGUCUGGGCCUACAUGGAACCAACGAAGAAGACAAAUGCGCAGAUGGAUGUCCCAGGCUGGUCAGAGAUGGAUAAUGCGACAAGGUUGAUGGCUGAUAAAAUCGGCAUGGUGUACAGCACCGAGACAGACAGUGCGGUUGAGGAGUACGCCAAUAGCCUGAUAUCACAUCAGAUGCUGAUGAAUGCUGUGGCUGGUCAAGACAGGGCUGAACCCGCUAAGAAGUAUGGCAUUGACUUUGAGGAGUUUAAGAAGUUCAUCGACAUUGCCUCCCAGCAAGUGGUUGAAUUCACCGAGGCCGCCAAAGACUUGAUCUGCAGAUAUUACAUCAGUAGCAGAAAUAUGUAUGCCACAAGUGUCCAGGGCUCAACCUUCCCAAGAAAUGCUGUCCAAGUCAUCACCUCUCUGGCAGCAUCCCAUGCAAGACUCCACCAUCGUCCUGAUGUGUUAGAAGGAGAUGCCGUGAUGGCUAUUCUCCUUUAUGAGGAGUCUGUGGUGGCUAGGCUGGGAAUGUCGGCCCUGAGUGUUCAACCUACCCCUCAUAUCAGAGACAAUGAUCUGGAUGAGUACAUUGGGUUAAAGAAUGACAAGAAAAUGCAGCAGUUUCACAUCAGGAUUUUGCGAUUCUGUACAACACAUGCUGGAGACGAGGAGUAAAGAUAAUUUGAAAUACUGGCCUCCUGACAGCUGGUUUCUUUUAAUUGGUGUGCUCUCAGCUUCCUAGACAGUGAUAUUCAGUGG